GUAGUCAAAACAAAGCAAUGUCAAAUGGAUAAAGUCGGCUACGAUUAAUUAAAUCAGUGCAAAAAUAGGGAAGGAAAAUCUCUUUAGACAGCCAGCAAUAAUACGACGAAUUUCAUCAAUUUUUUGCACGUUAUUUAAAGAAUUCUGUUCUGGAAGUAGCUACUGAACUACUCUUUUAAGCAAAAGUUUCUAGCCUGGUCAUCACUGGUAGCAGAUGAUGGCCUCGGUGCGCAUUCCCGAGCAGAAAAUAAUCCUUUGUGGCGAAUAUGGGGUGGGAAAAAGUUCCAUUUUCCGACGUUUUGCUACGAAUACUUUUGUGACUACCGCUGAUCGGAAGUCAACUCUAGGAUUAGAUCAUUUCGAUCGGAGUUUCACUAUAGGUGAACGAAACGUUAAGCUUCAACUGUGGGAUACUGGCGGUAUGGAACGAGUUGCAUCUGUUACUUCAAGUUACUACAAGUUUGCCGAAGCCGCGAUCCUUGUGUUUGCCCUGGAUAAUCUUGCAUCGUUUCAUUCCCUCUCGCAGCACAUGCUAGAUGUGGUGACCUAUGCCGAGAAUGCUAAAAUUUUCCUGGUUGGUAAUAAAUUUGACUUGGAACAGAGUGGGGAUCCGGAGGUAACAGAUGCCGACAUGGAAUCCUUUUGCGAGCAGUGCCAUAGCCUCAUCAGUGCUACCUACAAAACUUCGUGCAAAACGGGCGAAGGCCUGGAGGAGAUGUUUCAGGACAUUGCUAACAACUUGGUAGAGUCGAAUCGAUCCCGACUGGAAUUGCAAGCUCUUGAGCAACACGGCUUUAAGAUCGAACCGCCUGAAGAAUUCGGUGAGCCGUCAUGUCUUUGCUAGUAUUUCGUGCCCUAAACAGGGCACUUUUGUUUAGUAAAAAAUUGAUGAGUUUGACGAGCCGUCCGGAUGCGUUUUGAUACUUGAUAAAAAAAAAGUUGUGAUCAAAACAUUUUGCUAGGCGAAGAUAUUAAAUUAUAAAGUAACAUCAGUGCGAGGUUGAUCAAGUGCCAUAAACAUGGUAUCAGGUGGUUUUUAACUUAUAACAAGGUUUGUAAUAUGACAUAUUAAUGGUAUAAUUAUAACAUUCAGAAAUGAUCGUCAGUGAUCACAUUAGACAAUGUGAUUCGUUGCAUGGGCAUUAUUAGUCAAUAAUCACGAAGUACAGUUCAUGUAUAUUUAUUGAGUUAAAAGUCAUUUGUAGUAAUUAGAUUCGUAGUAUGGGUAAUCAUACAUAAUAGUCCUAAUGUUAUAUUUCCAUAUGCUUCUGCUAUGAAUUACGAAAUGAUAAACUCAUUAAAGCAAGGGUUACUAUUCAUGCUGAUAUAAUAUAAACUAUUACCAGCGUUAUAGAAAUAGAACGGCUAUAUCGUUCUUAGGCUGGCAAAGCGAUGAAACGCAAACAAUCGGUUUUUUUUAAAUUUGAUAUGUUAUUGAUACUAACGACAUUCACAGUGGAGUAAAUCUAAGGCGAAUCCGUGAUAAAAAAAAAUAACUAGUUUGAUACUAAUCUUUGACACUGAAUAAACGAUGGUCUCAGGAAAUCUGUAAGAAGAAAGAAGCUCCUAAAUAUUUGGUGAAUGUGCAGAUUGUCUGCUGAAUUUCAACACUAUAUGUACUGUCGGAUAAACUUUAAAAUUUGUUUCUGUAGGUGUGCUCAUACCGCUGAAAUAAUUAUCGUUUGAUUGCAUUGAUAGUAAACAUGGGAUAAAUAGUUUUUAUAAACAUAUAUGAAACGUAGUUUAAGAUUUUAAUAUAUUAGAACCAAAACUGUCAAUAAACUUU